AUGGAGGCUCCUAGCACACACCAAGAGGCGCGACAUAAUGCCGAUCGCAACGCCCGGGAGUUGUAUCGCUACUACCAACCGGCCGCACCAGCCGAAGUGAUCCCACCAUGGCUACCGGCAGGCGACGAAUUCCCUUUCUCUGCGCAAUCGAAUAGCACGAUCACCCCUCCGAUGUCCGAAGGCUUGGGAUCAAAUAGCACAAUCACCUCUCAGCCGGCCACCUCCUCCAUCGGCUCGGAUACUUUGAUCCUCGGUACUGCCAACAGCACCCUUACCUCCUUCGCGCAACUCGCGACCCUGCGUCUGAACGUCGAGCGAGUGAUUAUUACUGUUCUGGACCGUGACCGCCAACAUAUCAUCGCCGAAGCCACACAGUCCCUCAAUCUCAAUGAUCCGACAGUACACGAUAAGGACCACAAUCUUUGUUUUGGGACGCCCGACACGCGCAAGGCAUGGAACAUUUGUAAGGACAUUGCUGCCUUACCUCCGAAUGCACGCGAAACCGCAAAUUAUCAAUUCUUAGUCGUGAACGACAUGACCGAACAUGACCGCUACAGAAACCUUUCGUUCGUGGAGAAGGAACCCGAAUUCCGAUUCCUAGCCGGGACACCUCUCACUUCCGGAAACAACAUCAACAUGGGUUGUUUUAUCGUAUUGGACAAGAAGCCUCGAGAUGGACUGACACCACUGGAGAAGGAUACGCUGGGGUCCCUAUCGAUGCUUGCGAUGGACUAUAUGAAAAUCUGCCGACAAGCCUCGGAGGGUCGCAGAGCCGCGCGACUCUCUCGGGGUCUGAGCUACUUUGUUGAAGGAAGUUCUAGUUUCGUGGACAAUAUCGAUUUGUCGCGCACAGACAGCGUGGGACCCCCGUCAGCUACUCCACCAUCUUCUUACAAUCAAAUGACCGCCAUGGUUGGCAGUCGGGAGCAUAGCGCAGAGCAAGCCUCGCAGGCGGCGUCAAACAGUCCACAGGGCGGCCGCUCACCCAGCAAUGACGCGCAAUCCUUCACUUCUGUGCCUUCGGAUCUCAAACUGGACAGCGAUUCCAAACCGGACUGCGACAGCAAAUCAGGAAGCAAUUCCAAGCUCGGCAGCGGCUCUAAAAAUGAGUCAGGGACCUCUGGUGUCGAAAGCUCCCUACCUGAGUGGCUGACAAGCAGUGGCCGGAACCAGUUACCGCCGGAUGAUUCCCAGGGCAACUCAUGGUGUUUCCGCAGGGCCGCCAACCUACUUCGAGAAAGUCUUGACCUGCGCGGCGAAAGCGGCGUUAUCUUCCUGGAAGCCAACAAUAAUCCAUUGGCGGACAUCGAUACGGCAAGCGACUGCUCAGAUGCCGUCGGGCCUGCGCCCGUGCUGUCAGCGUCAACCAAUGAUGAGCCUUUUGCCCCAAUGGCAGGGUCGGUAACCUCGUGCCCGGCUGCGAGCUUGGACCAAUCCUUCCUACAAAAACUCCUCCGGCGCUAUCCCAGAGGAAAACUCUGGUCUUUCCACCGCGAUGGACUCAUCUCGACAUCUGAAGACGAUCAAGAACCACAAGACAACCAUGGCUCUGGAACCAGUGCAACCAGCCGGUCUCCUCCCAGUGGCGCGCGUGAGCCUGAACACUCGAAGGCCAUGAAGAGACGGAGGAAAGCAGGGGAAAACUCCUCCCUUAACCAAUAUUUUCCCAACGCCACACAAAUCAUGUUUGUGCCUCUGUGGAACGCUGUUGGAUCGCAGUGGUUUGCAGGAUGUUUCUGCUGGAGCACUAUCGAAACACAGGUAUUCACUACUUCAGUUGAGCUAAGCUCGGUGCUCGGAUUUUCCUCUUCCAUCAUGGCCGAAUACAGCCGUGUUGAGUCACUCAUCGCAGACCGCCAGAAGGGUGACUUCAUUGGCAGCAUAUCGCAUGAACUCCGUAGCCCACUCCAUGGAAUCUUGGCCGCGGCUGAAUUUUUGAACAGCACCCACCUCAACGAGUUCCAAGAUUCAUUGCUUGAAACUGUCAAUGCUUGUGGGCGGACCCUGUUGGACACAAUGAAUCAGGUCCUUGAUUUUAGCAAGGUUGUGUCAUUGGAGCGAACCUGGCGCACAUUGAAACGCAAGAAAGAGUCUCCACUCGUACUCAAAGGAGCAGAACAGUUGGCAUAUCAUUUGGACACGUAUGUGGCAACCGAUGUUGCCAUCCUCGCCGAAGAAGUUGUGGAAGGAAUUUGUUUAGGCCAUGCAUACGGCCAGAGCUCUACCGCAUCAGCAGACCUGCCUGUCUUGAUGCCGCAUCAUCCCAAGAUACAAAAUGUUCGGUCCAAUGUUGAAGUUGUCAUCGACGUAGCGUUCCGCGAUUGGGUCUAUCGUACUCAGCCCGGUGCUCUACGGCGAAUCAUAAUGAAUCUCUUCGGCAACGCAAUGAAAUAUACAGAAUCUGGCCGGAUCACCUUGACGUUAGCCGCUUCCAGCCAGUCCGAAGGACGGUCUCGUCGCCAGGGCCUCAGAGACCAGGUCACAUUGACAGUGGCCGAUACCGGCAAGGGUAUCUCAGAGGAGUUCCUUCGUGGAAAGCUCUACACGCCCUUUGCCCAGGAGGAUUCACUGGCCGUCGGAACUGGGCUAGGACUGUCUAUCGUUCGAAGCCUGGUCAAGGCUCUGAACGGAACAAUCAGGAUACGCAGCCGCCCUGGCGAAGGCACUGUCGUCCGAGUAUCUCUCCCCCUCGAGCGGCCCGUUGGCAAGGAGAGCCCGGCCAUCGAACCAUCGGGGCAGCUCAUGCAACAACGGGAGCUCUUGACUCAAACCCUUUUGCUUCGUGAGGGAUAUCCUGAGAAGCGAGCAGCCAUCUGGGGCGUCGAUCCGGCCGAAGUGUCUCACGACGCCAAUUGGUCGGAAAUUGGUCGAUAUCUCACCGAUUGGUACGACAUUGAGAUCGUUUCGUGGUCCCGCGAUUCUCAUGUCGACAUGGUGCUCAUGGAUGAAGCUGACAUACCGAAAUUCAUCGAUACCGAACCUUCGGCUACCUUACCUGCUCUUCUCGUCCUUUGCCACAAGGCGGUCGAUUACAGUGGGGCUCGGUCUGAAUGGCUGCCUCUUGCAUCCUCUGUGAACAUCAUUCGACGUCCCUGUGGGCCACACAAGCUGGCCCGUAGUGUGAUGAGCUGCCUGAGGCCCGUGGAGGAGUCAAGAUCAGGAACCCCGGCUUCGGUCCGGCAGCCCAUGAGUCUGCCGAUUCGUACCUCUUCAUUGCCAUCGCGGAUGGCAUCUCCCAGUGUCUCUAUGGCCGAUGUGAUGAGUGCACCCGAAAUCAGUGCUGCAGAUCCGGACAAUGCAGGAACUCGCAAUGUCUCAAUGCAAUGUUCCCCUAUACAAGAUCCCUCGGUAAUAAGCGGCCUCCCGGAGGAAGUCGCAGAAGCCCCCUUGCCCGGGCCCUUGUCUGAAGGCUCGGUUCCUUCCACUCGACUAGCCCGGGUGCUCGUUGUCGAUGACAACCGGAUCAAUCUCAAUCUUAUGAUGACAUUCCUCAAGAAACGCCAACUCAUCGAGCUGCACGGUGCGGAGAAUGGGAAAGUUGCAGUCGAGGCAGUCGAGCGCCUACAGAGUGGCUACGAUAUCAUCUUUAUGGACAUUUCCAUGCCCGUUAUGAAUGGGUUCGAAGCUACGCGUGCCAUUCGCUCCUUGGAAAAGGAUUCAGACGGUCGCAAGCCGGCCAUCAUCAUUGCCUUGACGGGUCUGAGUAGCUCACGCGAUGAAUCUGAGGCUUUGGCUUCUGGUGUGGACCUAUUCCUCACAAAGCCAGUCUCUUUUAGAGAAGUCUCCCGACUUCUGAACGAAUGGGAGAAGGACGGCAUGAAAUCAGAGCGGGGCAAUGCCCCUUGA